AUGGGCUUGAGGGACACAAAGGACGGUUCUUCUUUGCCACGACCAUCGGGUAAUUUCUCCAAAUCGCCACCUUCACCGUCGCGGCCGGAGAUGGAUAUCGUUGAUCCGUAUAAUCGGAAAAUCUCGCCGGAUUCUAUUUUGGAGGCUAAGAAGGUAGAGAAAAAGCCUGGAGGAUGGAGAGCCAUCACGUUCAUUUUAGGUAAUGAGACGCUUGAGAGACUAGGAACGAUUGGGUUGUUGUCAAACUUCAUGGUGUAUCUAACAAGAGUGUUCCACUUAGAACAAGUAGACGCUUCAAAUGUCAUAAACAUUUGGUCUGGUUUCACCAAUCUCACUCCUCUCUUCGGGGCGUUCAUCUCAGACACUUACGUCGGCCGCUUCAAGACCAUCGCUUUCGCCUCAUUCGCCACCCUAAUCGGACUAGUGACAUUGACACUCACAGCAUCACUUCCUCAACUUCACCCAGCAUCAUGCAACGUUCAGCAACAACUCAAUUGUGCCGGUCCGAACAAGCUCCAGUUCGGAAUUUUGCUAUUAGGUCUUUGUUUCCUCUCCAUAGGAAGUGGAGGAAUACGACCAUGUAGCAUCCCUUUUGGUGUUGAUCAGUUUGACCAACGAACCGAGCAAGGGCUUAAAGGAGUGGCCAGUUUCUUCAACUGGUAUUACAUGACUUUCACUAUCGUUCUACUCAUUACACAAACCGUGGUUGUGUAUAUCCAAGACCAAGUCAGCUGGAUCAUAGGUUUUAGUGUCCCUACCGGACUCAUGGCUUGUGCUGUGAUUAUGUUUUUCGCCGGAAUGAAGCUUUAUGUCUACGUUAAACCUGAAGGGAGUAUAUUCUCUGGGAUCGCUCAAGUUAUCGUGGCAGCUCGAAAGAAGCGAAAGAUGAAACUCCCGGCCGAAGAUGACGGCACUGUGAACUACUAUGACCCACCUGUCAAAGAUAGCGUGUUAUCCAAGUUACACCAUAGUAACCAAUUCAGGUUUCUAGACAAAGCGGCAGUGAUAAUAGAAGGUGACCUAACAUCUGAAGGAGUUCCGGCGAACAAAUGGCGGUUAUGUAGCAUCCAAGAAGUGGAAGAAGUGAAGUGUUUGAUCCGAAUUGUACCUGUUUGGUCAGCCGGAAUAAUAUCACUCGCGGCCAUGGCACAACAAGGAACGUUCACUAUCUCUCAAGCUUUGAAAAUGGACCGACAUUUAGGUCCGAAAUUCGAGAUUCCGGCUGGUUCUCUCUCCGUCAUCUCUCUACUCACAAUUGGUGUCUUUCUUCCCGUAUACGACCGCGUUAUGGUCCCGCUCCUCCGGCGAAUCACCGGCCAUAAAUCCGGAAUCACGCUCCUGCAACGUAUCGGGACAGGGAUCGUUUUCGCGAUCUUGUCCAUGAUCGUUGCAGGGCUGGUGGAGCGCGUGAGACGCACGCGCUCCAUAAACGCUGGUGAUCCGACUGGAAUGACUCCAAUGUCGGUGUUUUGGCUCUCACCUCAGCUUAUUCUGAUGGGACUAUGUGAAGCAUUCAAUAUUAUCGGACAGAUUGAGUUCUUCAACAGUCAGUUUCCGGAACACAUGAGAAGCAUCGCUAAUGCUCUCUUCUCUUUAUCCUUCGCCGGUUCGAACUACCUUAGCAGUUUGAUAGUGACCAUCGUUCAUAAAUUCACAGGUGGACGUGACCGUCCUGAUUGGCUCAACAAGAAUCUCAACGCGGGAAAAUUGGAUUACUUCUAUUAUCUGAUUGCGGUUAUGGGAGUGAUUAAUCUGGUUUAUUUUUGGUAUUGUGCUCGGGGUUACCGGUAUAAGGUCGGUUCACAGAUAGGAGGUUUUGAAGAGGACAAGAGUUUCUCUGAUGUUGAGAUGAGUUCGAAAAAACAGCUGAAAUGA